AUGCUGUGUCCCUUGUGGGUCUACGACGAUGUUACCGUCUGCUUUAGACACCAAGUUCUCGAGUACUGGUACCCUAUCGUGGUUGGUGGAGCUUCUGUCGUUAUAUUACUUUGGCGUAUAGUGGCUUCCUUGACAAAGAAAAAGGGCUCCAUUCGACUUGAUGACGAGACUAGACCAUUAUUGGCAUCCAACAACACCCAGAACGAGACCGGGGCAACAGAAGACUCUGUGAAAAGUCGACACUUUGACCUCGUACGACUCUCCGAUACCGGCCCCGAUGAUAAACCCCGAGGACAUUUUCAGGUAAUUAAAAAGAGCACCUUUGAGCGAUUGCGGGUGUGCUUGGAAUUCGUUCUCGUGGCCUUUGAGCUCGCCUAUGCCAUUGCUGUGUUUUUCCUUCCCUCUCUUAGCAAAGAAUGGAAACAACCAGCUAUUCCUAUCGUUCACUUGGCAUUGUGGGGCUAUUUAUUCGUCCUUGUGUUGAUUCGUACUAUCAAUCUUAAUCAGGUUAACAUCAAAUUACCAGGUUUGUGGCGCCAUUCUACUUUCCUUUAUGCUUUCAACUUUUUACCUGCGGUGAUCACUUUUAGAUCGGCAUUGCUCGGACAUGUCAAGAGCGAAGAGUCCAAGUGGUUCUAUGUGGGCCAUUUCAUUGCUUCGACGUUGCUUCUUUUCCUUAAUCUUACUUCUACAACUGGUGACAAACCAGCAAGACUUUUCUACCCAGCUGAUGGUUCUGCUCCAUCACCCGAAAGAGUUACCAGUGUUCUUAGUUUUAUCACCUACUCUUGGCUCGAUAAGAUGGUUUGGGGUGCUUACAAGAAUGGAGGAGUCGAAAAGAGUGAUAUUUGGGGAUUGAGCGACGACGAUUACGCUUUACCAGUUUUGAAGUCUUUCGAGGCGAUGAAAUCCACUGCCAGUUUCUCAUGGCGGUUGUUCGCUCAUUUCAAGUAUUUGUUUGCAUUUCAAGGUUUUUUCGCCAUUUGUGAAUCUAUCUUGAUUUUUGGUCCUUCUCUUUUGUUGAAAAAGCUUUUAGAAUACGUUCAAGACCCUUCGGCUUACCCAGUCAGCGUUGCUUGGGGAUUUGUUCUUCUCAUGCCUAUCGUCAAGAUUUUUGACUCAUUUUGCUCAGGCUGUUCUUUGUUCAUGGGAAGAAGAGUGUGUGUUAGAAUGAGAGCUAUCAUUAUUGGUGAAGUUUACGCUAAAGCUCUUAGAAGAAGAAUUACCGUAGCAGACGAUACUGAAGAGGAAAAGGACCAAAAAGCCGACAAGAAGGAAAAGAAGAAAGACAAGGAAGGUGAAGAACCUAGUGAAAAAACUGCCGAAUUAGGUGCUAUCAUCAAUCUUAUGGCUAUUGAUGCCUUUAAAGUUUCUGAAAUUUGUGGCUACCUUCACUUCUUCGUGAGUGCCUUGUUGCUGAUUUUUAUUUGUGUGUUUUUCUUGUAUACCCUUUUGGGUUACAGUGCUUUGAUUGGUUCUUUGUCAAUCAUUUGCUUGCUUCCUGUGAACUACAAAAUUGCCCUGUACUUGGGUGAAUUGCAAAAACGUAUGUUGGCUGUGACUGAUAAGAGAAUCCAGAAGAUGAAUGAAACCUUCCAAAGUAUUCGUAUUGUCAAAUUCUUUGCUUGGGAAAACAAGUUUUUCGAAUCCAUUAUGGACAUUCACGAAUAUGAGUGA